GCGUCAUCGGUUAUCAUAAUGAGAGAGCAGAGAGAUUCCGCAUCCCAGGCUGUCUGAGCGUGCUCUUGUAGCAAGACUGGUCUGGACCACCGGACGAAGAGAGACAUUACGAUUACUUACCUUUUUUACCUUUUGAAUUUCUGUCGAUUCCUGAGUCUCAUCAUGAUGCAAGGCAACAUUUCGGUUUGGAUGAGGGACAGCUUGAUGGUGUUCAUCAGGGCAGAGUGGAGAGGUUGAGGUUUCAUUAUUCUGUCCAUCUGAUCAUUUUCACUCGUCAUUCUAUCUGAUAGAUUCAUUGUAUCUUUCAACCGUCAGUCUUCCUUGUUGUUUUAUUCAGUACCACUUCAACCCAUAAUCCCCUUGAGCUUGAUUCAUGAAAUUAUCUCUCGAUUACUCCCCUACCCGACGUUUCCUUCAAAAUUGAUGAUAAUUGCAGAUUAUUUUGCAUGAUUGUGCACGUAUUAAAAUUCUUACUUUCCCUUUUUUUCUCUCUACUGCAGUCGAGUUUGGUCAUAGAUUGAUAAGGUCGUUGUAUGCAAAGAAGAUUUUGAGAUCAAGAUCUAUCAGCAGCAUUAAUUUUCUUGUUACGACCUCUCGGCCACUCAUAAAAAGGGCAUAGCGCACUUACAAGAGGUUCCUGUCCGUCCUACUCCUACUUUGCUUGCUACGACACUGCCGACUGCUACUCCCGCUAAGCCUCUGAUUUGCGACAAUGGAUCGACAACAGCCUUCCGCCGCGGAGCUGAAGCUCCGCGAGGGCAUGAUGGUGGUAUCGAAGCAGAUGGAGCACUGGGACAUGCGUCGCCUGAAACACAAAAAAGAAUACGAUCGACGAACUAAUAGGUGGCUUUCAGAUACGUGUGCUCAGGUUGCUGGUAGUCAUCUUGCCGGAGGAGAAACGGAGACAACUAAAUUUUUGCGCGACCGAGAAGAGCGCAAGCAGGCGCAAGAAAGAGCGGAAAGCUUUUUGAAUCCAGGGGGGAAUAAAAGUAUAACGAGCUUCUUCUAACAGAACUUCUAUAUUUUUCUAACUUAGGGCGGCGGGUUAGGUUCAUCAUCUUCAUUCCUGAAGAUAGAGUAGAAUUUUCAGCCCAUUAGUCGUUCUAUCCGACUAUCUAAGUAGCGAGGAGACUGAGUCCGCAGCUAAAUCAUUGUGUUCGUUGCGUAUGUGUAUUUUGAUCGAUAAGCGUAAAAAAAAAGGUCAUCAAACGUCUUCUACGAACUCGUCCUCCUCCAGGUGGAGCUAAGCCUAUGACGCCUGCAGACGACGAAAACGGCGAGGCUGCAGCCCAGACACCAGCAACGAAAGCAACGACUCCAGCAAGCCUUCCGCCUUUGGUCAAUAGUAGUCCUUCGUCACCUACUGCUGGUGCUGGAGGACUGCUAGCAUCUCCAAGUCCAACAGGAUCACAUGUGGACUCAACGAUGCCGUUUGAUGAGCACGGUUUUCCAACCGAUUGGUUUGUCAGAGAGCAGUGGGUCGUGAGGCAGAGCAAAAGCAAGUGGAAGGCAAAAACCCUAACUCAGUUGGAAACCUUGAAGAUAGGACCAAUCAACUUGGUGGAGAAAGCAAAUCCCCAGUUGCAAGUCUCUGUUAACCCGUACUCCUACUACGAGACCUCCGAAAGCAAGAAAGUCAUUGGCGGAGACAAGGUACGGUUUCUAGUACAAAUAACUAAGUAAAUACGCACUACUAUCAUAUUUUUCCUUCACGCAAGAAGAUGAACAUCCGACUACACACAGCGCAAAAAGGUAACGAUAACAAACCCACAUGGCCGUAUUUGAUUUCAAGACGAACUCAUCUUUGUGGUCCUCGUCCUCCUACAUUUUACCAAUUCAUUGCGUUUCAGGUUCCUUUGUCGAAGGUCGCACUGUCACAAUCCCGCGACAGCACCACGAGCUACCGAUUGCAGAACCAGAAGCGGCCCCAGAUGAAUAGUGGCAAAACUGCAGCGUUCAUGCGUGGGGGCACGAAAGGGUUCAUCAUCGAGCCUAGUUGGGAACCUGCCAAGCAUCUAGAGACGAUCGGGACCGUUCAACUGGCCGAAAGCCAGGACAUCCUUGGUCCCCGGUACAAGUACCGCACGUCUUUCUUGCAGCCCUGGCGACUGGGUCCACAGCGCAUUCGCGGGACGCAAUUGAACGCGGACGAAGCGGCGCUUCUGGCGGCAGAACUGCGUGCCUAUGACGUGGACAUCGAGAAAGCAGCAAAAAUAUCAUCGGAAGUGCGCAAUUGGGCAUCUCAGAGGUCCAAAUUCGAAACCACCAGGUUCAAGGAACUCAGAACGAUGAUGCGUGAAAAUCCCGUCGAAGAAAACGGAGCCGAGAUGAUGGAUGAGACCGAAAACCAAGACGACUGAAGAGAGGUCGUGGUAAAGGCUUAAGGACGAUCUUUGUUGAAGGAGCACAGGCCACACCUUCAAAGAAGUAAGUAAGUAGGUAGAAGUGUUCCGUAAUCGUAAAAAUGCUUAAUAUGGCAUAAUUGACAUAUGUUGCAGCUGCAAAAUUCUUGAUGCUUGAUGAAAUUUAAAACGCAAUGAAAAUUAAUGAUCAAGAACAUCUGGAUCUGUACAGCAAUCCUAAAGAAAAUUCGCGUAGCGAUUGAAGUACUUAGAGGUUUGUUAAUAGCAACAUUGGCACAAUCCAAAUGUCACUGCAGAUUUUUCUGGUAGUACCUUUAAAUUUCUCGAUAUUAAUAAUUAUGAACAGAUAUAUUAUAGGUAUAGUGAACGCUUGUCACCGUGGCAUGGUUGCCGUGGUGACUGGCACAUAAUAUUCAUGAGAAUCGCGAUUCUCAUUAUAGCAUUAAGAGAUUCGUUCUCAAUUUUCAAUUUCAUAUGAAGUAAGACUAUAAGCUGUAGAAAAACUUUAUCGUAACUAUCAGAAAACGGG